GUCACACUGGUUCCUUGGAUGGCGCUCGAGCCUCCAGAGCCGCGGGAUGCAAGCCCAGAGCAAGCCGGUUUCCAUUCUUUCCCUCCUCCUUUCCAAGUUGUCUGAGCGCCACGGAGCUUGCAGUGGAAACUCGGCCAGGCUUUUCCAGGGAGCUCCAGGACCUGCAGGAUGGGGGCAGCCUGCAUCAAAGUCACCAAGUACUUCCUCUUCCUCUUCAACUUGCUCUUCUUUAUCCUGGGUGCAGUGAUCCUGGGCUUUGGGGUGUGGAUCCUGGCUGACAGAAGCAGUUUCAUCUCCGUCCUGCAAACCUCCUCCAGCUCUCUGCAGGUGGGGGCGUACAUCUUCAUUGGCGUGGGUGCCGUCACCAUGCUCAUGGGUUUCCUUGGCUGCAUUGGUGCUGUCAAUGAGGUCCGCUGUCUGCUGGGGCUGUACUUUGCCUUGCUGCUGCUGAUCCUCAUAGCCCAGGUGACUGCUGGGACCCUCUUCUACUUCAAUGCGGGCAAGCUGAAGCAGGAAAUGGGCGGCGUGGUGAUGGAGAUCAUUCAGAAAUACAAUGCCAGUGACAGUGGUGGCAAGGACAGCCUGCAGGAGGCCUGGGACUACGUGCAGGCACAGGUGCAGUGCUGCGGCUGGGGCAGCUUCCUCAACUGGACGGAGAACGCAGAGCUCAUGAACCGCACGGAGCCCACUUACCCCUGCUCCUGCGAGGUCAUGGGGGAGGAGGACAACCGGCUCAUCGUGAAGAAGGGCUUCUGUGAGGCUCCUGCCAACGGCACCCAGGCCAGCAACGACCCCGCAGGAUGGCCUGUGUACAAGGAGGGCUGCAUGGAAAAGGUGCAGGCCUGGCUGCAGGAGAACCUGGGCAUCCUCCUCGGCGUGUGUGUAGGCGUUGCUGUCUUCGAGCUGUUGGGGCUGCUGUUGUCCAUCUGCUUAUGCCGACACAUUCAUUCUGAAGACUACAGCAAGGUCCCCAAGUAUUGAGGUCACUGCUGUCCCCAUCGCCCUACAUCUUCCCCUCAGCAUCCCAGGAGAAUCUCUGUCCAACUCCAGGCCUCACCUCACCUCACCUCACCACCAAGACUCCUCGCAGCUCAUGGGCUUGCUGCAUUGGAACUUUCUGGGGCCCAAGCCCCCUCUCCUUGCCACCAGUGUUGAGUCCUGGCUGUGCUAUGGCACCUCUGUUCACUGCUGCUUGGGGUCCCAGCAGCACAGAAUGGCUCCCUGCUGAAUCUGCAGAGGUCGUCUGGGUUUCCCCAGGCCCAGCUGAGUCCAGGGAGGGGCAGAUGCGCCCCGCUCUCAGGGGACUUCCCACCGAGUGGAUCAGCAUUUUCCACUUAGGCCUGCAUCCUGUGGAAAGCUGAGGCAGGUGGGCGGCCCCUUCCUUCAGCUUGACACAGCCCAGCCAUGCAGCUUGGCUCCGCUGUGCUCCACAGGGGAGAGGAAGUCCAGUGCUUAGAGACACAGGUCCCUCCAGCCUGCCCGAUGAUCUGAGCUGUCCAUGGGGAGGAGGAACUGAGUUCCCUCAACAGUUGUCCCCUGUUCCCCGGGCUGAGGGUGGGCAAAGCUGUGCCUUGUAAGAGUGGGAGAGGCACUCUGUACACUCAGCUCUGAAACUGCCUAUUAAAGGUUUGUAAAGAUCUAGCCUCA